AUGUCGCAUCCAGAGGUUCUUCGACAGCAAACGGCAGAGUGCAUGACUGACGACGACAGAUCGCAUCAUACACGCAUCUCAGACGCUGAGAAACUCAUCGGUCAUCGCGGACCAGUCAUCGGAACCGGAAACGAACACGUGGAAAAGAUGACCACCAUCGGAAACUGUGAGGUCAACGGCCUGCCGACUGUCGGCCGGGUUAAUUUUGCAACGGUCGACCAGCAGUGCGAUCGAGCGCCGUCGAGAGUGACCAUCAACAGCGAGGACUCGUUCGGGUUGCUGCCCGGACAGACGUUGGAGCCGGCAAAAGAUUCCAAGAAAAACUCUCUUUCGUUAUUGUACGAUGAGGGCGAGGAGAUAAACGGCAAGACGUUGAUGACGAGCGCCUACCUGAAGGCGUGGACCAGUGGCUACCAGACGACCAAUGGAGGCAACGCCUCGACGACGACCGUCAAGAAGGCCAAACUGGGCACCCUGUUCGGAGUCUACUUGCCCACCGUCCAGCACAUUUUUGGUGUCAUCAUAUUCCUACGUCUGUUCUGGAUCGUCGGCACGUCAGGGGUGCUCGAGACGUUUUUCAUGGUGCUGCUCUGCUGCCUGUGCGUAAGUUCGCUUGACCAGUGGUUUUCGCGUCGGCCACUGGUGUUGCAUCGCGCCUACAUCGUGUGCUUGUUUAAGACGUUCCUCACCAGCAUCUCCAUGUCGGCCAUCGCCACUAAUGGCAUCGUCGAAAGUAAGUGUAUUUGGGCGGUUGACGGUUGA